AUGCCAGACGAAGCAUUUGAAGAAGUGGUCUUCAAAGGGACUAUUGCCCUUGAGGCUUUCCCCCUCGAUGAAUUCGUCAACCGACUGCAUAACAAGGUCCGAGCAUGUAUUGGGUCAGAAAACAACAGUGACGCAGUACAAAAACACAUCGACAGGGCACCUCAUUAUUUCUCAGAAGGUUCUGACGGCGACAGUCUUUACCUUGACGGAUUUUUAGCAUACUAUCUUCUUUACGGGCUGUUGUUGUCAGCUGCGAGUGACAGAAUUGCUAGUGUUGAUAGCAAUCUUGACUCCGACAAUCUGAAGCGAUUCGGAAAUUCAAAGCUUCGAUAUCUCAAGCCUUUGAUAAAUCCAAUGAGCUUCUGUCUUGGAGAACACGUCAACACACAGCUCAGAUCUCAGGGUAAAUGCGACUUGAAUGAAAUCUAUCAGAUAGAAGGGUUCAAAAAUUUCGUGUUGGACCAAAUUACAGCUGACGAGUUCAUCGCGAGGGGUAAUGAUCUCUUCAGCAUUGUCUGGCUCCUACUUGCGGAUUACUUUCAGAACAGGGAAUUUGCAUUUCGCAUUUCCCCUGCCCCAGGACCCGAAUUUGACAACAAAGCUAGCCAAAAAAUCAUGAUUAGAUGGUCGUAUAACCUGCCGGCUACUGAAGACAAAGGAAACCUAGCCGAAAUGGAUAAAAUCGCGACAUUUUGUGGAAAAGUGGACACGAUCAGCAUUUGUCCUCCAAACGCCACCACUGGCCUACAGCGCUCGUCACCUGUCACGACAGAGAUCAAAUCGUUCUACAUCAAGGUUAUAAAAACUCCUAAUGACGUUUCACACACCAAGGACUUGAAGGAUAGCUUGGAGCCACUUGCGGACAACCAAGAGGUCAUGAACGAGUGGAAGUCUUACUGCGAUGCCCUUACCAGUAGCUGGGAGAUUCAAGUCCGACACUACUGGAACGCAGAAUUGUUCCGCCUCCAAGAUGGAAAGUCUCGUGAAGUCAAGUUUUGGAUAGCUACCGCAUCCAAUAAUCAGUGGAAUAUGUAUUUGUGGGAUAGUUAUCUACCCAUUCUGGGAAAUAAAUAUGACAAACGGAGCAAAAGCACCCCAGCAUGUCGAAUUAGUGCUGGGGUUCUAAUCACACCCUGCGAUGGUAAACCAUGGCUGGUGGAGGAUGUCCCUUUCGCAGAUCAAAUCUUGACCCAAGCAAGUCCAAACAGCUCUGUUACAGCCAUUGGGUAUAUCAUUAACCGGCCAAUGCAAACCAAAUUGAUCAGAUUCAACGGAGAGAGCCUCUCCUUCCCAAGCUCGUGGGUCUUCCAUUCACCGACUGGGCUGCGGGUAGUAAACCGCGAGGCUGCGCAGAGGUUGAAUUUAUUCCAAAUCGGUCAACUGAACGUGAGACAUAUCGUUUUUCACCCCCAGGAAGACGAACAUGACGCGGUACAUACGAAGGGAAUUGAGCAAACGAAGGAAAAUGCUUUGGAUCGUGUCUGUAUACUGAAAUUUCCCGGAUACGAGCAAGCUCUUCACACCUACGGCUAUCUGCUCGAAACGAACGUUCCAGGCCACACUUUGAAACAAACCACCUAUAUGCUGCGCAAAGUGCCUGAUAGCAGGAUACUGGGUAUUUUGUCUCAUUGGAUAGAGACGCGGCCAAUGCUCAAGAGAUUCGGCAGUCAGUGUAUCAACGAACAGCUAAACUGGGAGCUAUUUGGGCAGUACAAGUCACCGGACGACAGGAGUCCUAAGUUAAAGAGGUCGGCAUCAUUUGGAGAUCAUCCCAAGAUAGAGCAAGUGCGUUCUAGGCCAACACGCGUUGCAAUAGAGUGCAUCGCGAGAGGGUUUUCUCUUACAGCUCACCAUCCCAGCCGCCUGCUAGCUGGGUAUGAGCUCUCAACUCUUAUCCUAGCUGAUUGUUAUCUCCUGAUACAAGACAAAGUGCAGAUCUGGAACGCUUACGACUUCCAAGACAGAAGCUUCCACUGGACGAGGGAGCUGAAGCAGCAAAUUUUAUUCGGAGACGGGUCGGUCCAGAUUGACCUUCGAACAAUUUCAGGAAAUGGUGCCAUUCACUUAUCCCCAGACCCAGACGCCCAGGCUAUGCUGGUCCGGGAUCAGCUUCACCUAUUUCUAGCGCAUGCACAAAAUCUAAAGACAUUGCAUACCACCCAGCAUGCAUCAGAGGACACAUGGAAGGUUCUAAGCACAUACAAUGUGACACUGGAUCAGAGUCUAUGGCCUGCAGACACUGAACAAACCAAACUGGUAGAACCGAUCGAUGAGGGUACUUUUGAAGAUGGUUAUAUCGUCAGUUCAGCAAAUUUGAGAUCUUGUGCGUUGUGUUUGCCGCUGGUUGAGCAGUUUCGGGACCAGAUCAACCAAAAAUUCAGCCAGAAACUGGAGUUAUUUUACAAGACCAUUUCACAAUUCAGGGAUGGCUUGGAGUCGUUCAAAGUGCUUUCCAGCUGUGCACCGUUGGUUCAUUUUGUUUCCGCUGCUUGGCUCGAUCCGAAAAAUGAAUUCUGUGUCGGUUUCCAGCCGAAUUUGGAUAUUGAUGUGACUCUCCCGACGCUCUUCCAGCAGAUGAAUAUUGCUUUUGGUGUCAAGUAUGAAAACUUCACCGGUUAUUUAUUUGGAUACGACCUGGUCAAGCGUGGAUACAUGGGGGAACGAACUCUCGCCAAAGGGACUGCGCAAACUUCAUCUGCAGCAGAUAGAGUUCGAUUCAAGAUCUCACAAGCCUAUGCAUCCAUUUUCAAGCUGGCUGUGCCUGGCUUAUUGGAUGAGAAGCUCCAGCCUGCGCUAGUCAUCAAGAACUUUCUGAAAGCUACGGAGGAAACCAUUGACAACUUGAUGCAGCUGACUAGCUAUCAAGUAGCAGUGCUAUACAACGACAUGCAUCAGUACAUUCAACAGAUGAUGCACUAUCACAUCGACAAUAAAGAAAGGAAACAGAUCCUCAGGGAUGAAAAGCCAAUUAUAGACCGAGAUAUCCCAGAAAGUCUAGUGGAUAAUCUACCGUCCAAAUUGAAGGCUUUCUUCAAAGAAAAGCACGCCCCAGCCUCUGUAUGUCGCUAUCCUGGCCGAACGCAAAAGAAUUCGGGUUCUUUCGCAGAUCAAAGAAUGAAGGCUGCUUUUGGAGGAUCUGCGUUGUUUAAGGGGACCGGGGAAGCCUUUGACAAACUCUGUUCCAAAAUUCUUGACAAGCUUCCGGGGAUUGGCAAGCUAAAAGGUCUUUCUAGCAUAUGCAUGACUAGCGUCAGCCUAGUCUCUGCCUCUGUGAGCCUAUGGGGCUUAGUUGAGAAUUGGGACUCCGUAUCUGAUGCUGGGAAAGCAACAGUGAUUAUUGAAGCCAUUGGGAUGGUGACUGAUGCAAGCGGCAAGGCAAUCGAUGCAUUCAAGUCCUUCGCAUCCAAACCUGCCCUGACAGCCGCAGGCCAGAUUAAUACGAAGGCCCUCGAUGAAAGUCGUUUGAGCAAGACUCGGGGUAGCAAUAAGAGGCUAUCCAAUGUCGCCCAGGAGAUAUUAGGAGGUGAAAAGUUCCGCACAGCGAUAGGCGGGGGCAUUUGCGGUGAAGAAGUUCCCAUGGAGGGUGGAGCUAACGAAACCUGGGGUCAGGAUGUUUCGAAUGACGCCGAGGAUAUUCUUCCGGAGUAUAAAGAUGCGGCCAAGAAGUCCAAUAUUCCGGGAAAUAUACUGCAAAUCUUCAAUGUCGUUCUCGGUGUUGGCCUGCUUCUAGCCAUUUUAUUCUCGCUGGCCGAUGAUUGGAAUUCCAUGUCUGAUACGGGCAAGAUCCUUGGCGUGUUGAGCGCUAUCGUCCAGGGGCUGACUGUUCUACUGGAUAUUGUCGAAUUCGCCGCCGAGACCGGGGUUAUCGCCAUCAUUGGAACGAUGAGUGAGGUUCUUCCAAUUUUUGGGACUGUUCUCACAGUCACUGGGAUAGUCCUCAUGAUUACUCAAGUAUUCGUCAAUCCCUUCAUUACCAGGCAACCUCCAACCUCCUCAAUUCAAGAUCUUAUCAACAACGUUGGACACGCCCUGAUCAAGAGCUUUGAUCCGUUGCCAAAGACCCAGCUGGAAUAUUCCAUUUCCAGUACCAGUGUCAACGCAAACAGUGUCACGACGCUCAUGACCGAGGGCUUGAAUAAUACCAAGAGAGAGGCUACCUUGUCGCACACAAGCGUUAACCUCUACUCUGGAGAUGACGACGUCCGUCUUUUCCAAAACGACGCAGAUUUCGUCCAGCUGGUGCUUGAUGACGACUCCAAUCAAAACUCGAGCGGUUAUACCUAUGCCACACCCCAGGAAGUUACGGCUGGCCAGUUGCCCGUGCCGGAUAAACUAGGAAAUAACUCCAAUUACUAUCAGGACAAUCUCCAGAAAGCUAGUCUCCCGAAGCACGAUUCUACCGCUAUCACAAGUCUUCUUCUCAAAAGUGGCGAGAAGCUCAAUUCGGUAUUGACAGCGGUGGUUAACAAAAAAGGCUAUGAUAAGGAAAAGUCAACCAGCUGGAUUGAGGUUAUUCAGACUAAAUUGAAGGUUAAGUGUCGGUAUCAGUUCAAGGUUAUGCGGGUUUGA